UUACUAUAAAUAUGAGGGCUAUGUUAUUAGUUUCCCUUGCCAAUACUAUUCUCUUUAGCUCUCUCUUCUCUCAAACUCAAAGUGUCUACCAUGGCAAUUUCCAAGCUUUUUUUGUCAUUAGUUUUGGUUUUCUUGGUUCUAAUUACUACCCUAGAAGAAGCAAAUGGUGCUAUUAGUGGAAAGACUAGAAAAUUAAUUGAUAUGGCUAACAAAAAAGGACCUUAUUUGGGAUUAGUCAUUCCAAAUCUAUUUGAAAUGAACCCUCUUCUUCAACAUCCUAGUUACAAACCUGGUGAUCUCACCAUUGAUUAUGCUGGGAGGAGAUUUCGGUUUGGACACAUUGAUAAUCAACCUGUCGUUUUGGUUAUGACUGGACUUGCCAUGCUAAACGCUGGGAUAACAACACAACUUUUGUUAGCAUUGUUCAAUGUUAAAGGUGUGGUGCACUAUGGAAUUGCAGGGAAUGCAAAUCCAUCUCUAAAUAUUGGAGAUGUUGCAAUUCCUCAGUAUUGGGCACAUACUGCUCUUUGGAAUUGGCAGAGAUAUGGAGAUGGCGCUGAAAAUGAACUACCGCUUGAAGUGAAUGGAGAUUACACAAGAGAUAUUGGAUACUUAAAAAUUUCGGAAUACAAUGUGAAUGUGACAAAUUGCAACUCACAUAACAAUCUUCUUAACAAUAUAUGGUACCAACCUGAAGAAGUAUUCCCUGUAUUUGGCACUCCAGAGGAAAGACAACAUAUCUUUUGGGUCCCUGUUGACCCUCGUUACUAUGCAAUCGCCAAAACACUCGAGGGUUUGAAGCUCGAAGGGUGUUUAAACGCAACGACAUGUUUGAGUCAUCCACCAAAAGUAACAAGAGUACAUAGAGGAACAAGUGCAAGCAUAUACUUAGAUAAUGCAGCAUAUAGGAGUUUUAUCUACAACAAGUUUGAUGUUAGCCCUGUUGAAAUGGAAAGUGCUGCUGUGGCUCUCAUUUGUUACCAACAGAAUGUACCUUACAUCGUUAUCCGUGCCCUCUCUGACAUGGCCGGAGGUGGCACUUCCGAGUCCAACGAGGCAUCCACCUUCAUCACACUUGCUGCUACCAACUCCGUUGAAGUCACCGUGCAAUUCAUAAAGCAAUUGUCUACGAAGAAAUAUCAAGAUGCUUGAACUUUGAUGUGUAUUACUAGUACGUUAAAUUUACC